AAAACCAAACAUCAAUACAACUCCCAAAUCUUACAAAGAUGCUUUACUAGGAGGAAAAAACUCUCAAUCAGAAGAACAAAACACCAAUACUUUGACCAGCAACUCACAACAACUCUCUCGACCUUGGAAUCAACAAAAUCUCAAAUCACCACACAGACAAAAUACCUAUAAUAACACUAAACCUAUCACCAGUCAAGCCUCCCAACAGAUGACAACCAACAACAAUCACAAUAAUAAUAACGAACAAGCAAUUUCUCUACUCCAACUCCGCACAGAUAUAGAUAUACUAUCAACACAACUCAACUCUCUACAAUCAAAAUUUGAAUCAAUAGAACACAAACUCAAUCAAAUAUUAUCUAAACUAUCACCUCUAACACAAGAUCAAAAUACUAUCAUAAUAACACUCG